CCUUCUGGAUUAUAUUCCCCACCCUUCUCCUUGCCGCCUCAUUCUUUUUUUUUUCUCUUCUUUUUUUAUCCUUUGGGUCAAUCCUCCCGUCCCUUUCUUUAAAAGCACUCCCCCCCGGAUCCUCCCAUCCGCAUCUACCACAUCGUCCUUUCACCCUCAUUACCCAUAUCUUGAAGGGGCAGACGAGUGAAAGAUAUCAAGCAACAUGUCUGCAAAGCCAGCAGAGGCUUCCCGGUCUCGUGCCGCGGACCCUAAGAAAGUUCACAUUGCCGAUACCGCGAUCAACCGCCAGAACUGGUACAAGCACGUCAACUGGCUCAAUGUCUUCCUCAUCAUCGGUAUCCCUCUGUGUGGCUGCAUCCAGGCCUUCUUCACGCCUCUCCAGCUGAAGACUGCCAUCUGGGCCGUCAUCUACUACUUCUGCACCGGUCUGGGAAUCACAGCAGGAUACCAUCGUCUGUGGGCUCACUGCUCGUACUCCGCUCGUCUCCCUCUCCGUAUCUGGCUCGCUGCUGUUGGUGGUGGUGCUGUUGAGGGUUCUAUCCGUUGGUGGGCUCGUGACCACCGUGCUCACCACCGUUAUACCGAUACCGACAAGGACCCUUACUCCGUCCGCAAGGGUUUGCUCUACUCUCACCUCGGAUGGAUGGUGAUGAAGCAGAACCCCAAGCGUAUCGGCCGUACUGAUAUCUCCGAUCUCAACGAAGACCCCGUUGUCGUCUGGCAGCACCGCAACUAUCUCAAGGUCGUCUUCACCAUGGGUCUGGCUUUCCCCAUGCUCGUCGCUGGUCUCGGCUGGGGUGACUGGCUGGGCGGCUUCGUGUAUGCCGGUAUCCUGCGCAUUUUCUUCGUCCAGCAGGCCACUUUCUGUGUCAACUCCCUUGCUCACUGGCUCGGUGACCAGCCCUUCGAUGACCGCAACUCUCCCCGUGAUCACGUUAUCACUGCCCUGGUUACCCUGGGCGAGGGAUACCACAACUUCCACCACGAGUUCCCCUCCGACUACCGUAACGCCAUCGAGUGGCACCAGUACGACCCCACCAAGUGGAGCAUCUGGAUCUGGAAGCAGCUUGGUCUCGCCUACGAUCUCAAGCAGUUCCGCACCAACGAGAUCGAGAAAGGCCGUGUUCAGCAGCUCCAGAAGAAGAUCGACCAGAAGCGCGCUAGACUCGACUGGGGUACUCCCCUCGACCAGCUCCCCGUCAUGGAAUGGGACGACUAUGUUGAGCAGGCCAAGAAUGGCCGUGGCUUGGUCGCCAUCGCUGGUGUUGUCCACGACGUGACCGACUUCAUUAAGGACCACCCCGGUGGCAAGGCCAUGAUCAACUCCGGUCUUGGCAAGGACGCUACUGCCAUGUUCAACGGCGGUAUCUACUAUCACUCCAACGCUGCCCACAACCUUCUCUCUACCAUGCGGGUCGGUGUCAUCCGUGGUGGAUGUGAAGUCGAGAUCUGGAAACGCGCUCAGAAGGAGGGUGUUGAGUAUGUUCGCGACAACACUGGCCAGCGGAUCAUCCGCGCCGGCGAACAGGUGACCAAGAUCCCGGAGCCUAUUCCUACCGCUGAUGCGGCAUAAAGGACGUCCGUUCAUGACUACUUCCUAUCAUGAAUGUACAAUUUGCGUCUUGUUUCCGCUUUCGGCGAUCCAUCCUGUUUUAUAAUUCAGCACUCUGGGCGUUUGAUGAGGUUUUCAAGUGGUGGGAGUUCCCGGAGUUGGCCUUGAGUUUUCCUUUUUCUAUCCUGCAGACAGAGCGUGUCUAGUAUGAUGAGUGGCACUGGCAUUUGAAUCAGUGACAUGAUAUGAUCGAAAUUCCACAAUGCUGGUUAAAAA